GCGCGGGCGGCCGCCCAUUGCUACCACGGAUAUACUUACCACAUGUUCGAAUCCGCGACAAAUCGAUACCUAUUCGAUCAACCAAACAAUAUAAGAACACGUGCCAAAAUACAAGAAUGCAAUGCUCAUUUUGUAACACAAAAAUUAAAAUAACCUAAACAAUCGACGAUCACUGCUCAACUAGACAAUAAUACCGCGGUAACGGCAAUGGUUAUUUGUUAAUAAAAAUGUGUUUUGUGAUUGGUGUUUAUGCUAGUGUUUAUAUAAACCAAUUUAAUUGGCGUUUAGUGUAAAUUUUAGUGGAUAAACCGGAAUUUUAAACAGGAUGAAAGGAAAUGUGAUUUUCCUCCUUUUAUUCUUCGGGCACCUAUAUGCACUGCCAGACACCAUACGAAUAGGUGGCUUGUUUCACCCAGAGGACGAUAAGCAAGAAGUAGCAUUCAGAUACGCAGUGGAAAGAGUGAACGCAGAUCGAGCUGUACUCCCAAGGGCCAAGCUGCUGGCCCAGGUGGAAACCAUCUCGCCACAGGAUAGUUUUCAUGCAUCAAAACGAGUAUGUCAUCUCCUGCGGAGCGGGGUUGCAGCCAUUUUCGGGCCACAAUCCGCCCCCGCUGCAGCUCACGUCCAAAGCAUAUGCGACACAAUGGAACUACCCCAUUUGGAGACCCGAUGGGACUACCGCACGAGAAGAGAAUCGUGUCUAGUCAAUCUUUAUCCGCACCCAGCUGCACUUAGUCGGGCUUACGUGGAUUUAGUUAGAGCAUGGGGCUGGAAAUCAUUUACGAUUGUAUACGAAAAUAGUGAUGGUUUGGUGAGAUUGCAAGAAUUGCUCAAAGCCCAUGGCCCAACUGAAUUACCUGUCUCGGUCAGACAGUUACCCGAUUCGCAUGAUUAUAGGCCACUGUUGAAACAAAUAAAAAAUUCAGCGGAAUCACACAUAGUUCUCGAUUGCGCGACUGAGCGUAUCAGAGACGUAUUGCAACAGGCACAACAAAUCGGAAUGAUGUCAGAUUACCACAGCUAUCUUGUUACGUCUUUGGACCUUCACAGUGUGGAUUUAGAGGAAUUUAAAUACGGUGGUACCAACAUAACAGCUUUGAGAUUGCUCGAUCCUGAGCGGGCUGAUGUGCAAAGAGUAGUUCGAGAUUGGGUAUACGAGGAAGCCCGAAAGGGACGAAAGCUUCAACUAGGACACUCCGCUAAAGAUAACAUGACCUUCAUAAAGACAGAAACAGCUCUCAUGUACGACGCAGUACAUUUGUUUGCGAAAGCUUUACACGAUCUUGAUACUUCGCAACAAAUUGACGUAAGACCUCUCUCGUGUGAAGCGGAAGAUACAUGGCCCCAUGGGUACAGUCUCAUCAAUUACAUGAAAAUCGUAGAAAUGAAAGGCUUAACUGGAGUUAUAAAGUUUGAUCAUCAAGGAUUCAGAAGCGAUUUCACUCUAGAUAUAAUUGAAUUGACAAGAGACGGCCUACAGAAGGCGGGCACUUGGAAUUCCUCGGAGGGUGUCAAUUAUACGAGAUCUUAUGGAGAAAAUCAAAAACAGAUAGUAGAAAUACUACAAAACAAAACUCUUAUAGUUACUACUAUUCUGAGUGCACCGUAUUGCAUGAGAAAAGAAGCAAGUGAAAAGCUUACCGGCAACGCACAGUUCGAAGGGUACGCCAUUGAUCUGAUCCACGAGAUAUCUAAAAUUCUGGGCUUCAAUUACACAUUCAAGCUGGCGCCCGACGGUCGAUACGGCUCCUUUCACCGGGAGACUAAAGAGUGGGAUGGAAUGAUAAGGGAACUAUUGGAACAACGAGCUGAUCUCGCUAUUGCCGAUCUCACAAUCACUUAUGACAGGGAGCAAGUGGUUGACUUCACAAUGCCGUUCAUGAACCUCGGUAUUUCGGUACUGUACCGCAAGCCCAUUAAACAGCCACCCAACUUGUUUUCGUUCCUGUCACCCCUCUCGUUGGAUGUCUGGAUUUAUAUGGCCACUGCGUAUUUGGGCGUUUCUGUGCUGCUGUUUAUACUCGCCAGGUUCAGCCCGUACGAGUGGGACACCCCCCGGAACUGUCUAGAUGAGCCGCCGGUGCUGGAGAAUCAAUUCACUCUGUUGAACUCGCUGUGGUUCACUAUCGGAUCCUUGAUGCAGCAAGGUUCGGAUAUCGCGCCGAAAGCCGUAUCGACACGAAUGGUGGCCGGCAUGUGGUGGUUCUUUACUUUGAUCAUGAUAUCUUCGUAUACCGCCAAUUUGGCUGCCUUCCUGACAGUCGAACGAAUGGACUCGCCAAUUGAAAGUGCCGAGGAUCUCGCCAAACAAACGAAAAUCAAAUAUGGCGCUUUAAAAGGAGGUUCUACUGCUGCUUUUUUCAGGGAUUCGAACUUUUCGACCUAUCAACGCAUGUGGUCGUUUAUGGAGUCAGCUAGACCGACAGUGUUCACAAGCAGCAACAAGGAAGGGGAGGAGCGCGUGAUGCGAGGCAAAGGCUCUUACGCGUACUUGAUGGAGUCUACUACGAUCGAGUACGUCAUUGAAAGGAACUGCGACCUUACUCAAGUGGGUGGAAUGCUCGACUCGAAGGGGUACGGGAUCGCCAUGCCGCCAAAUUCCCCAUAUCGCACUGCCAUAAGUGGAGCCGUUCUGAAAUUACAAGAGGAAGGAAAAUUACAUAUUCUCAAAACGAAGUGGUGGAAGGAGAAACGCGGCGGGGGUUCUUGUAGGGAUGAGACAUCGAAAUCAUCAUCGACAGCAAACGAGUUGGGGCUCGCAAACGUGGGUGGCGUGUUUGUCGUGCUGAUGGGAGGUAUGGGGGUUGCCUGCGUCAUCGCCGUGUGCGAGUUCGUAUGGAAGUCACGCAAAGUUGCCGUUGAUGAAAGGAAGGAAGAGGCUUCCCUUUGCUCGGAAAUGGCUUCAGAACUUCGUUCGGCGCUGAAGUGCCCCAGUGGCGCGGGUGGCGGUGGGGUCACAGGCGGGACACGGGACGGGGCGGAUUCCCCCUACUUGCACUAUGGGUUUAACACGAAGAGUCAGCUUCACUAGCGCCCAGAUUUUGCCUCCUCGCCCCCAAGCGAUGUGUAGGCAAAGACUAUUUACCUAUGACAACGAUACCCCUCAGAGUCAAAGUGACAGUGCACAAGAUAGUGAAUGUGAAUUUGAACCUAAUGCAUCAUAAAAACCGACUUCGUAUUCAGUGUGUUUAUACAAAUAAAAUGAAACUCUGUUGUAUCUACUACAAUACGUCUGGAAUAAAUUCAAUAACACGAAUAGGAAUAAAUUAAUAGUAAAUAAUUCAUAACUGUGUGAGUUUAGUAAGAACAGUGUUGUGAAUCUCAGUAUUUGAAUGUAUUAUAUAAUAAAAGGAAUCUGAUAAGUGGUAUAUUGAGGGCUAUAACUUCGUACUUGCCAAAUUUGGAACUAGUGCCAAAGAUAAGAAGCCAAAUGGUUGUUUGUAAAUAAAAGGUUUUGCUCAUCGAGCUACUUAUGUUCCAUAAAAUAUAACUUGUAUUUAAACCCAAGAUAAAAUAGGUAGUGAUUGAUGUUUUAUAUCUAAACUUUGUCUAAGAUAUUGGUCUAGUUUCAUAAAUUUAAAUUUAUAAUAGAUAAAAUAUAUAGAUCUAAAUAACUAAGAAGAUCAUUGUGAAAAUCCAAUAUAGUACUGCCUAGACGAAAAUAUUAAAUAAACACAAUACCAUAACUUACGAACCACAAAUAAUAAUUUGUCAGUCUUAUAAUUAAGACUAUAAUUACUAAAUAUUAGCAAACUAUAAUGUACAUAGCAUUACGAACAAUAUAUAUUGUGUACUCAACUGACCACAGAAUAGAUAUCAAACUUAAUUGUGCAUCUGCAUUUGCAUAGUUUAUGUUCGUUAAUUCUUAAAAAUGGAGGCAAUUUCACACAGCUCAGAGUGUGCCAAAUAUCUUCAUAUAACAUUUCUGUAACAUAU